CGAGCCUUCACCGGCUUCAUGUUGUGUGAAGGCGGAGAUCUACGGGGACAGGCGACGGUAUGAGAGAAGCCUCACGAUCGACGGCUCAGACAUAAGCCGGCAGGCCAGGGAGAAAGGGGGAGAUUCUCCAGCUUCUUCCAUCCUGCGCCAAGCAAGCGCAGAUUCCCAGAAGCAAGAAAAACGAAGAUGGUAGCUCAGGAACCCAAUGAACGACGCAAAAGAUCUCCUAGAAACUAGCAAAAAAUGGUGGGCAUUUCUUCCUUGGUGGGAUUGAAAGCAGCCGCCUUCCUGCUAGCAUUUGUCGGUCUCAGACAUUUUUCGCUCACCUUCUUGUCCAUCCCUUUUCUUCAUGCCUCCUUCGUCGCCUUCCUCGUCUCCGUCGCUUCUCACCCUUCCCUGAACCUUCCCUUGCUGUUCGCGAAGAGCUCGGACGGCCGUUUCCCUCUUUGGUCGUUGAUUAUCUUUGGUCCCUACCUGGUUUUCAUCCGGAUAUUCGUCUACUUGAGGAGGUUGAAGAGGAGGGAGCCUCUCUACAAUGAGAUAGUAGAGGGCGUUUAUGUCGGGGGUUGGCCUUCGCCCUUCGAUUCCGUUCCUCCCGGCGAACUAGCCAUUCUAGACUGCACCUGUGAGCUCCCCAGAAGCAGUUUGUUCUCUAAGAAUGCUUAUAUGUGUAUACCCACAUGGGAUACCAGGGCGCCCCGCCCAUCCGAGAUCGAAUUGGCGGUUAGAUGGGCGUGUAGGAAGAGGGCUCAGAAUAAGCCCAUCUACAUCCACUGUGCAUUUGGCCAUGGACGAAGUGUCUGCGUUCUGUGUGCAUUGUUAGUCGCCUUAGGGGUGGCUGACAACUGCAAAGAAGCAGAGAAGAUUGUAAGAAAGCGAAGGCCUUCAAUUUGCUUGAAUUCUCUUCAUCACGGGAGUUUGGAGGAAUGGUCAAGGUGCCGUAUUUCUUCACAAAAGGGUGGCACAGGAGUGAGCUAUAUGAUGACAAAGGAAACGAAGGAUUGAUGAGUCAAAGGAUGGACCCUGCUAAAAAGUUCAUAGUUCCUUGGCUUGACUGCCAUAUAAUCAUCCAUAUGCCCCACUUCUUGUUGAGCUCUUGUCUUGUCGCUGUUCUUGCUUCUUCAUUGUUAUGUUGACUGCUAAUAUCUAAAAAAUAUUUACAUAGUAAGCUCUUAUCUUGUCA